AUGUCGGCCUUUGAGCGUUGGCGCAACGCCAGCGAGUUACCAGAUGUAUGGGCCCAGCAGCGUCCAAUGUCGCCAGACGAACAUGUCGGUCUUUCGUUGCACGUAGCAGAUACAAGGCAGACAACAAACCCCAGCCUACCCCAGAAUGCCGCUCCAAUCUUGCAAGACGAGCAUGUCGGCCUUUCGUUGCACAUAACAGAUGCAAGGCAAACAAUAACUCCAAACCCACCGCGAAAUGCCGCUUCAAUCUCGCGAGACGAACCUGUCGGUCUUGCGUUGCACGGAACAGAGUUGAAAGACUUCGCGAAGCCCGUACCACAACGGCUCAAAGAUCGAUUCUUCGACAUAAAGAUUCUAUAUUCUCAACCACUCUAUGACUCUAUUUCGAAAAGAAAUAAGGACCCUGGCAACAUCUCGAUGAAGCUCAGAUAUCUGGGUCUUGAUUCGCAGAAUACCGAGCUUCACAUAGUAAUACAGUGUGAGAAGAGGGUCGCAAAGAAGGUCAAGAAGUUCUUUGCACAAAAACACGUUGAGGAAGAGCUCUUACCAGACUUUCGAGUUUUAGUCUUGGGCAAGCCGCCGAUAGAAGUUGCAAACGACGAAAUGAUAGACGUCCUUACCGACUCCCUUCCCGUCAACACAAUUUGCGGGAUGCCUAUCACACUGAGUGGAAAUGGCAGAUCCGUCAGAUGCACUAUCGGUGGAGUUAUCGUUGUUGAAACCGACCAGAAACGUCUGUAUGGACUUACAGCUGGGCAUCCAUUAAGAAGAAUCCGAGUGGUCCCUUCUGACAAGAAGCUGAUGAACGAAGUGUAUGGAUCAUCGUCGUCUUCAGAUGAAGAAGAGUAUUCCGAAAGCGAUGAUGCCUCUACAGAAACAUCACUAUCCCUUCCAAAAUCGGAACAUUCCGAUACCGAGAGAACAUGUGACGACAAUCUCUUGCAAACAAAACCUCCCAUCGGGACCGUUGUUUAUGACUCUUUCAUUAAUUCGCCAGAAGAAAACUACGAUUGGGCACUCUUGGACCUUAACGAGGAAUAUGCAUUGCCAAAUCUAGUGAAUCGUGGUAAACAGCCCAAAGAUUCCGACAUCGAAGAUGACAAACCAGAAGUUCACCGUUAUUACAUUGACUCUAUCGACACGACCCUGACAAAGCAAGUACUUGUGCUAAAGCAAGAUAAACCGCGUAUGGCAGAAUUAUCCUUGAAUACUUCUUCAUUGAUGAUGUCUCCUGGAUCGAAAUUCGUUAAUGCCCAUGAUGUUACAUUCAAGGAUGGUUCACAUGCCAAGACCUUGGGCCUUUAUGGGCAUGUCGUUUCUGUUGAUGCGUUUGGAGAAGCCCAGGUAAUGCCUAUCCAGUCCACACUUAAAAGCAUCAAGCGGCAGUUGGAGGCAACUCGAGUAUCCCUCGCCACAAGCUCGACUAUUGAUCAGCCAAAGCUUUCUUUGAGUGGGCCAUACACUUCCAAUCCACCAGGGCCAACUGCUCAGUUCCAUGAUGUGUCUGGUGAUACCAUCAGGGUAGCAAAGUCUCCUCAAGAUACUGAUCUCGACGUCGUAAUGCCACCGGGUCGGGUUUCAAGGGGCGAGAAUCGGCCUGAAACCAUUAAUUACUACGGCAAUGUUCUCCAAGUUCACAGCAAGCCUAGUUAUGUACAACGGGCAGACAAGUUAUCAGCCACGCAACGGCGCUCAGACGCCUUUCCUUGA